GAAAUAUUAAGCCUUUACUCUGCAGAGGAAAAAGAUGAACAAAUCUGUAUUACCAUAUUUACCCUUCCUUUCUUAGACAAACAAUUCGUCCAUUGUGUAAAAACGGAGGAUAAGAAUGUCAUUUAAUAGACUGCUCUUGGUACUACUCUACUACUGCUAUAUCCACGUCACUGCUAUAAAUGGGAACAACAAACGCAACAAUUUUCCCUCUCCGUUUCUCUCUUCCUUUUUCUUCUCUGUCAUCAGAAUCAGUUCGUCGGAAAAAUCAGAAUAAAUGCUCUCGUUUUCGUUUUCUCCGAUCGGAAUCUCUUGAACAAAUUCACAAGUUUUCUCGUUAGUUUCACUUGAUUCUCCACUCCAUUUCUCGAUUUCUGGAGAAAUUUUGUCGUUUUUCGUUCAGAAAUCGAAGACGAAAGCAGCGGAAACCUAGGGUUUCGAAGAUGGAACUGGAAUCUAUGAGUUUCGAUUUCACUGAGUUUUGCGACUCCUACUCUCUUUAUCCCACCGGAAAAGUAUCUCCGGUUGAUUCUUACGUCACCGAGCUCGACAACGAAGAGAUCAGAGACAACUACGCGUUUUUAGAUUCCGUUUUAAAAGACAACAAAUCUGAGUUUAUUUCUCACGCUAAACGCAUCUUAGUCGGAGAAGACGCAGAAUCAGAGAGAAUCGAAGCUAUAAAGCUUCUAAGCGCUUGUUGCAGUUACGAUUCUAUUAACUGUGCUUCGUCAAUCAUCAACGGUGACGUUGGAUCGGUUCCGUAUAUCAACGAUGUAUGUUCCGAUACAGGACUCUCGCCGUUGCACACGGCGGCUGAGUAUAACGCGCUACGGUGUGUUGAGAUGCUUCUGAAACGACGCGCUCGUACUGAUAUGAGAAGCAAAGAUGAACGCGCUUUGAUUCCUCUGGAGCUAUCUCUCUCCAAUGGCAGCAUAGAUGUGACAUGGAAUGCAAGUAGUGACUCGAUUGGAGACUUGAUCGUUUUGCUUGGUGACAAGGACUUGACGGUUGUGAAACUACUUGCUGAGAAGACAAAGGAAGUGGACGCUGUGGCUUUUGCAUAUGCCAAGGCUGGUGAGAUAGUUUCUUUGACUGCAUUGUUGAUUGUAGCAAGUGAGAAGAUCAGAGAGGCAACUGUAGCAUUACGUGAUGAUGAUGAUUCUGUGCCAAAGUGUAAAAGGGAAACGAUCUAUGAGGCUGUUAUUCAAGAAGCGUUGCGUAGUAACAGCUCGACGCAAAGUGUAUGCAGCGAGAAAAGAAUGGUUUUUCUUAGAGAGAUUGAGCUUCUUCAGCUCUUUGGUGCUGCAGUUUUUAGUGAAUCUGUGGAUAAGCAAACUUCACCACUUAUCUCCAUUGUACAGGCAGGAGAUGAAGCUGUUCUUGAGCUGUUUAUAAACACCAACUUAGAUGUCAACGAAAAAGAUGCAGAAGGGAAUACUGUUCUUCAAUGUAGCCUGAAGGGAUCGUCUGUGCCACAUAAGCAGCAAACCAGAAUCAUGAGCCUACUUAUUGCACACGGUGCCCGAGUUAACCAAAGGAACAAGUUGGGUUUAUCUGCAGUACACUUUGCUGCUGCAAAUGGCAAUUUAUCUGCACUUGAGAUUCUACUAGCGGCCAACCCUGAGUUAGUUAAUGUCAAGACAGUAAUCAAAGAGACGCCACUAUUCUUCGCAGUGAAGAAUAACCAUCUUGAGUGUGUUGAGCUGCUUCUUCGAUGUGGUGCAAGUAUAGAGAUUCAUAAUCUACGAAAGCAGAGACCAAUAGAGUUGACACAAUCACAAGAUAUACGUUUCCUCCUUAACCCAACAAAUAUCAGUUGCUUCAGCAAAGAAACAGAACUUGCCCAGCCACAAAGUGCAGCAGUUCCAACAGACGCAGAUGAUGAGGAAACUCUUGGAUUUCUCGGAAAUUCCGUUCCACCAUGGCUCAAAAGUUUUGUAAACUGGCUUCCUCGGUAUCUUCGAGAUACAUCAGCGAACUGGAGAGGGGCUGGAUAUCCCCUGUCAUCCCUCAAAGCCGAUUUCCGUGCUGUUUUUGGAAUGGAUCUCGAUCACGCCUCUCUUGGUUUCCCCAAGCUCAUCGACUUCAUCAAAUAUUUUCCAAAACUCUGUCAAAUGAAAGUCGUCCCCAUAGGUAAAAUUGGAGCUGCAACACACUGGGUGAUGUUACCCACCAAAUCCAAGAGUUCUCAGCUCAAAGGAAGACCUCCUGAGCCACUCAUUAUUAGUAAGAAUGACUCUGUUGCUUCUCCCGACAAACCAAAAGCCUUAUCAGUUCCUCCAGGUUUUAAAUUCUUACAAGAAGCACAUGACUCUAAAACCUUCAAAGCACCACCAGAACCAAAACCUCAACCUCCUCCUCCGUUGACUACAGCAUCUUCCAACAACCAACGUCAACUAAAACAUCCGGUACUAGAGACACUUACAAGGAUCAGAAACAGCACUUCCGUAUUCUUUCUCCGUGAGUUCGACUUCUACCAAAGCUAUGAGACAUGUUUAAAGGAAGGCAUGUGUUUCUGGUGCAACAAGAACAUGCUUCUAUGGGCAAACUUCCCAUGCCGACACAAACUUUGGUGCAGCUCUUGUAAACAACAGGUUACUCAAUCUGCUCUAGGAGAGAAGAGCCUUGAGGAGGACCAUCAUAAGUGUGUGGUCUGUGAUGCAAAAGUGGAACGUUUCGUCUUAUCUCCACCGUUUGAAUCAGAUCACCAUAGGCUUUCAAGUGAUCGCCCUAACAACGCAGAAUUAGCCACUUCAUUCCUUCAAUUCCUCAGCAUAAGGAAUUACUGCAGUUCCAUGAACAAGAUGAUACAUCGUGGGAUAUAGAGAAAGGAACUUACACAACAACUUCGACUUCGUGUGGUGGUAAUUGGAUUUUAAUAAACUUGUAAAUACAAACGAUGAUGGAGAUGAAAGCUCUUCUUUAACAACAUUUAAAGUACAUAUGGAACAUUUCGCGAUCCAAACCGGUCAACAUAUUAUGGAAAAUCUUUAAUGGAAUCCGAGUUUGUGUUUCUUCACAAUCUCUUUAAGUCCAUACAUCAAAAAUUGUCUUCUUCUACAAUUAUUUUUCUGAAUAAUCGAAUUUUAUAAAUCCUCAUGUUACGCUAAUCCUAAAAACCUACAAAGAUUAUAAAACACUAUUACCACAAAAAGGUAAGUGUAGAAGAUUAUAGGCAUAACAAUCCAUAAUAAAAGGUCGAUAGGAGCUUUGUAACUAAACCCAAGCACUAUCAUCAGAUAAUACUUUCUUAACCUUCCAUUGAAGUUAAUCCAUGGGAAGUAUUCAAUUGCAUCCAGAAGCAAUCCUAUAAUCAUGUGAAACCAAAAGUAAUUAGGUAAAUGUUCUUUCUUCACCAUCCACAUGAACCUUCAUCGAGUUUUUGUCUUU